AGUUAAAAAAAAAAAGUAGUCGCCUCGGAAAUCUCCUCCUCCGCCUGUGCAUUUUCUUCUCCACCUCUUCAACUCCUCAGAGAGUGAGGGAGAUCGAUCAGGGUUUCAAGAGGGCAAUUCUUGGUCUCAUCUCUUUAUUAUUCUUCUCUGUGUUGUACAUGGAGGGAAACAGGGAGAUGGUUGGCGGGCGACGUUACGGCUUCAAUCGGCGGAAUCCCAGCGCAAUCUGAGCAUUCAUUUCUGUGAUCGUCAGGUAUAUCGCUGGGUUACGGGGAGCUGAUUUCCGCUCAAUUUCACCCGGAAAGAGACAUGGCGUGGAUCAAGCGCAUAUGUGCAAAAUUUGCGGAGAAACCAGCUUAUGAGAUGCGGACUGGCGGGGAAGAGACGGACUUUGAAUUCGCUAUCGCCGUUCCAAGAAGGCCGGAGACGAUAGUCUUGGACGUCAAUGCGGAUUGCGCCGUCGAAGUCUUGGUUGCCCAGUUGAGGAAAUCGGGGUUUUAUGUCGAGAGGGUUCGAGGGGUUUUCCACGAGUUCAUCAAGUUGGGAGCGCCAUUGGAAGCUCUCGGCAGGGCAGCAGCUGAAUUAAAGCUGAGAAAACCAACCUCUAUUGGCAUGGAUUUGCAGUUUGAAUGGGAUCAAGUUUCGGCAUUUAUACGACAGCGUGAUGGCUCGUUGUUUAGUUGGCGUGAACGGUUCCGUUGUUAUAAAUACAUGAUGAAACAAGUAGUCAACUCAACUGACUUGGCAGUAACUCUGAGAUUUGGAGAAAAUUUAUAUGCAUGGCAUAGCGGUGAAUCCCUGCUGAAACUGAUGGAGUCUGUAGGAAUGAUAAAAAAAGUAUAUCCAUUACAUGUGGAGAGAAAGAGGAAGCAGCUUAUGCAAAGUUGGGCAUUGAACUGCUUUGCUUUCACAUCACAGCCCAUUGAUGAUAUUCAUUCCUAUUUUGGUACAAAGAUAGCUGUUUACUUUGCAUUUCUUGGAAUGUAUACAAACUGGCUUUUCUUCCCAGCUGCAUUUGGGAUUUUUAUACAGCUGUUUGAUUUUGGAUCAUGGCAGUUAUGGGCACUCCCAGUUUUUUUUGUGUUUAUUAUAUCAUGGGCUGUCCUUUUUUUCCAGUUCUGGAAACGCAAGAAUUGUGCUCUUUUAACAAGGUGGCAGAUAUGCUAUCCUGAAGGGCUCAUCCAAGAACAGACAGUUACCAUAUCUGGGCAGAGUUCACCGGACCAGUUAGAGCCAGAAAUCUCAGAUGGACUUACUACUAAUAAACCUAAGGAGAGAUACAGAGCAUUGCAAAGAGAUGAGUGGCGUGGAAUUUUUAAGAGAUUUAGAAAUGAUGUCCUUGUUAUCAUGGGCAUUAUUUGCCUGCAGUUGCCAUUUGAGUUGGCUUAUGCUUAUCUGUACGAGGCUAUUGGAAUUGACAUUCUAAGGUAUGCACUGACAGCCUUGUACCUUUUGAUCAUUCAGUAUUAUACUAGGCUUGGGGGCAAGGUAUCAAUUGAGCUCAUAAAAAAUGAGAACAAUCAAAGUAGAGAGUCAAAGUCUGAUAGCUUGGUGUACAAGGUAUUUGGUGUCUACUUCAUGCAGACAUAUAUAGGCGUAUUCUAUCAUGUACUUCUUCACCGUGAUUUUGUCAGUCUUCACCAAGUUUUGGUCCAGCGUUUGAUUGUUUCCUUGUUAUUGGACAAUUUACUUGAUAAUUCUAUUCCUUUCCUCAAAUACAGUUACAAGAAGUAUAGGACCUUUUGGAAGAGAAAAUGUCAGAUUGAAGCUCGUGUGGGAAAUCAGCCGGCAUCUAGAGUGGAAAAAGAAUACAUGAAACCAUCAUAUUCUGCUAGCAUUGGAGCAGAAGUUGAAGAUGGAUUAUUUGAUGAUUCUCUGAAGCUGGUUUUGCAGUUUGGAUUGGUGAUGCUGUUUGCUUGUGCAUUCCCGCUUGCAUUUUGUUUUGCUGUUCUGUAUAAUAUGGCAAAGAUCAGAAUAGAUGCACUGAAGCUGCUGACGUUGUUACAAAGGCCCAUUCCUCGUGCAGCACCAACAAUGGGAGCAUGGCUGAAUAUUUUUCAGUUUUUGAUUGUGGUGUCAAUUUGCACAAACUGUGGACUUCUGGUCUUUAUAUAUGAUGAAGAGAGAAAAUGGAGAAUUGAACCUGGACUUGCUGCUAUUCUUGCAAUGGAACAUGUACUGCUUUUGCUGAAAUUUGGAUUCAGCAAUUUCGUACCCGAGGAGCCUGCAUGGGUGAAAGCAAACCGCUUCAAGCAUGUCCAAGCACAAGAUAUGUGCUCCAAGGAUUUACUGAAAAACAUUUGCAAUCGAGGGAAAAAGGAAGAUUAAGUAAUUUUUGCAAUCUUAGCAUCCGAAAGAUCAGUCCAGGCAUGAGGAAUUGGUGGAGAGUUUUGGGGGGCAAUUUUUUAAGAGGACCCAGCGGAACUGCAAGCAAAGAUCUAAACUAAACUGUAAAGGAGAUAGUCUUGUGGAGCUCAUGCACAAAUGAGUAGAACCUGAGUUGUCGAAGAUUUGGCGGCAGCUUUACUUGUAAAGUAGAGAGAACAUAGUAUUGAGUCCGAAUAUCUUGUAUCAUAGAUUCUUUUCUGUUUUCUUUGAAUUUUAGCCCAUUUCAAAUUUUC